AUUUGGCGGGGUGCAGGUAUUUAUCGGACAUUCGACAUCGACAACGCUUCCCCAACUCGACGCCACACGCCAUUCUUUCCACAUCACCAAUUGCACUCUUUUCCAACCUACAAGAGUACUUCAAAAUAGGUCGCAAGCACAAAGCGCACCGUCAACAGCCGCAGCACGCCAAACCUCGGCGCGAUUCCGAAAAAGGCCGGAACGGUAAAGGGAAAGAAAACCGGCGAGGAAAAGAUCGGUGGAACAAGAUGGGGCAAGACCAGUCCGCGCCGAUGGUAAAUGAGGAUACACCUCCACAAACGCUGGAUAGCAGGACAAUAGACGCUGUAGCCAAGUAUAUCCAAGAAGGGCGAGCGAAGAGGAUUGUCGUCAUGACAGGCGCCGGUAUAAGCACAUCCGCGGGGAUCCCCGACUUCCGCUCCCCGGACACGGGUCUAUAUGCGAAUCUGGCGCGACUCGAUCUCCCCUACGCCGAAGCCGUCUUCGACAUCAAGUACUUCCGCGAGAACCCGGUGCCGUUUUACGCGCUGGCGCAGGAGCUGUAUCCGGGGAGGUACCGGCCGACGAUUACGCAUUCCUUCAUACGGUUGUUGCAUACGAAGGGGCUGUUGUUGAAGUUGUUUACGCAGAAUAUCGAUUGCUUGGAGCGCGAGGCGGGGCUGCCUGGAGAGAUGAUUGUGGAGGCUCAUGGGAGUUUUGCUAGGCAAAGCUGCAUUGACUGCAAAGCUUCCUUCCCGGACGACCUCAUGCGGAAAGCGAUCCACGAGAGAUCAGUUCCCCGAUGCCUGGAGUGCGAUGGUUUGGUGAAACCGGACAUUGUGUUCUUCGGUGAACAACUACCCUCCGCCUUCUUCGAAAACAAGGACCUGCCAUCCCUAGCUGACUUAUGUAUCAUAAUGGGGACGAGCCUGAGCGUGCACCCCUUCGCGGCGUUACCACAGUUCUGCUCCGACGGCACACCUCGCGUAUUAAUCAACCAGGAGCAGGUCGGUGGACUGGGAUGCAGAUCCGACGACGUCCUUGUGCUCGGAGAUUGCGAUGCGGGAGUGAGGAAGCUGGCCAAAGCGCUGGGCUGGCUGGAGGAACUGGAAGCAUUGUGGGCGGAGACGGCGCCCGAGAGUGUGCGGGUUAUGCAGGAGGAACCGAAGAAGACGCGCGACGAACAGCUGCAGGAGGAGGUGGAUCAGAUUACGAGAGAGGUGGAGGAGAAUCUUAGGAUCAGUCAAGCGCAGACUGAGUGGCUGAAGAAGCAUGUUGAGAAGAAGGCGGAGAGGAUACAGGAAGAGGAUCUUAAGCUGGAGCCCACUGCUGCACAGUCUACUGUUGAUGGCGCGGUGGAGGAGUCACCUGUUGCGGUGGGGCUUGCCGUCGACAAGCCAGCCGCAGCGAUGCCAGCACCAGAGGUAACCAUGGCCAAUAAGCCUCUCCAAGAGGCGGCGCCGUCAAGACCGGUCAAGCCAUCGCCUGACGGGGGUGGCCUCUCUCAUGUCUUCCUUUGGAUGAAGAAGUCCUCACUAUAGGACGGCGGAUCUCCUUCACUUCUAAAGGGAGUGCCAUGUUAUAUUACUCCCUGAUAGAUACGCUUAUUUCUAUCAAUAGAUAACCCGAUCUUCAACCAGGCGCUCACGCUGUGAAGUCGCUUUCUUCAGGUCCAACAUCCUGUAGCCUUUCAAGGUUAGCGGUUACCUCCAGAAUCGUCUCGUAUGUACGC